AUCCCAUCGUCGUAUGAAAGAAACUGCGAAUUCGACCAACGGAACCCCAGAAGAGAAAGAUGGUGGCGAUAUCAAUGUACAGAGGCAACCUUCACAAAGUUCCCGACGUACCUCGCCGGUGGACAAUGCCGGAUCGUAAUCUAUCCUACAAGCAAUUCAAAUCUCUCUUUCGUCGCCGUAAACGAGCUCUUUCUCAUCUCUCCCUUAACUCUAAACCUAACCCUAACCUGAGCCUCAGUGUCAAGACUGAGUUGGUUACCGAUCGGAACGAUACGAUUUCGUCUGGGAAACAGAAGCUUGUUGAGGUGAAGACAGAGGGGAUUGAUGGGAACCGGGUUAGUGAAGGCGAGAAUGGCAGAUUUGAAGGAUCGUCUCGGGAGAGUGAUCGAGGCAAAUGAAACAGCUGAAGAAGUACCCAGGCAAGUAGAUAAAGAACAGAAGGAAGUAGAGGAUAGAUUACGAGUUUUGAAUGCAAAGAAACACAAUCUUGUCCAAUUGCUUAAGCAGAUUUUGAAUGCUGAGGAAGAAUUGAAAAGGCGCAGCAGCGUUACACAGCAAAGGGGAACAACAGCGUCACCUUCCUCCCUUCCACUCCUUGUAGAUGUCUCUAAUGACUCAGGAGGUAAUGCCGGUACUCACAUGGAAGGUGGAGAAACUGAUGAUGCUGAGAAUCAUAAUAAUGCUCAAACUCGCACUGUGCUUCGACUCUGUGGUGCUUCUUCAUCAUCUGAAUCUCCCCCCAGAAGAGCAGCAGCCUUUUCGCAACACAAUAUGGCUCUGCAUCCUUCUCGAUGGAGCCCACGCGUGGUUCCGUCUCAGCCCAGAAAUCCGAGUACUGCAGGAGUCACUGUUUCUGCAUCUGGAAAGAACUACAUUGCUUCAUCUCCUUCACCAGUUGGUUCUGGUGGCACUUCUGUUUUCAGAGAAACACGACUACAGAGUCCAUGGAAUUAGCCUAUGUCGCUGCACUAACUUCUUCCCUUCUCUAGAUGUGCAAAUGGAAACUAAAUACAUUUAUGUAAAAAGUAUGUCAAAAAUACAUUUAUUUCGAAAAAGAAAAAAAAACUGUUAGAGAAUGCAAUUCUGUAAUUUAAAUAUCUUUUCUCUGCAGAGAUUUGUAAAUUGCGACAAACAUUAAAAAGUAAAGAUCACUCCAGGAUAUGUAAUAAAUCAGGAACAGAGAAAUAA